CGUGAAAACUUAAAAAAAAGACAACAAAUAUAACAAAGUGAAAAAUACAAUUUUAUUAACUCUUUAUGUUACUACUACAAUAAAUUGAAGAUAUUCCUUUAAAAAAGUGAAAGUCAGAUUUAUGAAUUUGUAAAUCGACAACAAUCAGUCACUUGAUUUUAAAGACCAAUUAGUAUUAAUUAAUUACAGUUCAUGGCAUUUUUUGCUAGCCAAAGGGACUCCCUACGUAUCAUUGUGUAAGUUAGCGUCAAUCAAUUAGAAGACGUAUUGUGUAAAAUAUAAGGCGCACAAUACUUUGUGACAUAAAGUUGCGUUGAUGACUACUGUAUUUGUUAAUGUGUUUGUGUAAGCAAAGAGGCGCUCAUAGAAGUGUGCGUAGUGUAUAACACACUUUCUGUUGACAAGACAAGAGUAUCUAUUCAUUCGCCUGCUAUCUGUGAUUCGUGUGUUGCGCGUAUUUACAUGUGCACCUAUUUUCGAUAAAUAUCUUGUGUUCAGUGUUUCCCAAUAUAUUCAUAAAAAAUAACUGAUCGAAAGAUGUAAUAUUAAAGUGUUUUAAAUGAAUAUGUAAACAAAUUUUUAAAAUUUGUGUAAUGGAUCGGGUACAGGUUUUGCAAGAUGUAUGAGUAACCAAUGACCGCAGGGCAUCCCUGCGCGGCAGAGGCAGGGCGGGGGGCAGGGGAGACCAAGCCGCGCGCUGAACAACGCUCGGCUCAUGCUUGCUUCGUCUCGCAAAGGAUCAGAGGACAAUGACAAAUAAUAACGACGCGGGUACGAUGCCGCUCACUCAAGAAAAACGUUUGGACUCCAAUUUUUCCAACAACAAUGACCAAAGCUAUCUUCACAAGAAGUUCAAAAAAAUGGCAUCGUCCAUUUCUAUGUUUCCCGCCAACUCGAACAAGGGCGGUGAAAAUGCACACAAAGAAUCAAGUGUAGUACAAUCUACAUGUAACACUUUAAUUUCCAAUGGAAGUAUCUCAGCAGGCCACCCAGAAAUAGAGAAAAUUAAAUUGAAAUCAGACAAGCAAAGCAUUGAUAUUCAGGAUGCAGAGAAAAAUGUACAAACUAAUUUUAACGACGAGAACAGUAGGCUAAGUAAUGUAAAUAAUAAUAUUCAAGUAUCUGGUCAGACCAGUUAUACUGAUGAAUUUUCUAAUAAGACUGAAAACCUUGAAAAUGAUUUUAUCAGGGAAUCCUACAACGGAGGGGUAGGUGGGCGGUAUAUAUGCCCAUAUUGUAAAUUAUCUUGUGCCAAGCCUUCCGUACUUCAAAAACAUAUCAGAGCCCAUACAAAUGAGAGACCUUACCCUUGUGUACCUUGUGGUUUCGCUUUUAAAACGAAGUCUAAUCUUUAUAAACAUCGAAGAUCCAGAACACAUGCUUUAAGAUUACAAGGAACGGAUGUAUCUACUGCGUUAAACGACGAAGACUUAUCAGGAGGGUCGGAAAGUGAUACGUCUAUGCCACCUACACCAGUAUCCGAUUCAGGAUCUGAUGCAUCCACACUCCGCCAUGAAAGCCUGUCUAUAAGGUCGAGCGAAUUCUCUUCGCCGGAAUUGGUUAACGACGGCGUAUCGCAGAUAAGCGCCAACUUAUCUUCAAAUGAAAAUAGCAAGUCAAAAUCAAUUUACAAACCCAAGUUUAGAGCAGCAUUUUAUAAUGACACUGAUGAAAAAGAUAAGGUAAAGAAAAUAAUCUCGCCAAACGCAGACUUUCUUACGGAACAUAUCUCCAAAAUUAUAUCAGAUAAUGAAGCUAUUGUAGAUGUUAUAGAAACACCGUUGCAGAAAAAAUAUGGCAAAAUAAAGCAGAUAGCAGAAAGUAAACAAUUCUUAAAUGAAAAUUUUGACUCUAAAAUCGACCCAUCACCAUUAAAUCUGACAAAAAAUAGUACCGAGACAGAAAAUAAUUUUAGAAAAAGAUCGCAUUCGGAAAGUUUUUCACAUAUUGAUCAUCAGAAGCAUCCGCUUAACCCUGAAGGAUCUAUAAUUAAAGACCUUCUUUUAAAAACCAAGACAAAUGGCCUUACACCAGUACCGAGUGAAUUAGUUGAUGGACAGGGACCACUGUUUGUGUGCCCAUUGUGCCAAAUAAUGUAUCGCAGCGCAGAUAAUCUAGAGAUUCACAGAAAUUAUUAUUGCAAAGGUAGUCUUAUCAAUACUACAGCAAUCAAUACUGUUCAAAAAGAUAUUAAAAUAGCCAGACCGGAAAAUAUAUUUAUGCGGAGUAAUUCUGUAAACGUACGUUUGCCUGAAACACCACAAAGCUCUUAUACAAAGACAAGCUCGUCCAAUAAGCUAUCAUCGCCUCUAAGAUGCAAGCCUGAUAAUUUGGUAAUAAUGAAGUCAGAAUCUAAUGAUAUAGUAGCUCCUCUACCCUCACCUGGACCAUUGUUAGGGAACACCAGACUAGUUGAUUCAAAAAGUUCUAAUGAAAUAUCAAGAAAAAAUGAGAACUUAAAAUUUAAGCCAAUAGCUAGCCCAAAAAGAAAAAUUGAGAGCAGAUCAGAUAAUAACUAUAGUCCAAGACUAAUAGAAAAUGUGUCUCCCCGUACUGGCGAGUUAUAUUCUCAACCUAAAGUACGAUGCAUCGAUUCAAGUGCAACAGGACUUCGAACACUAGAAGAAAUGUCCACACACAUGAGACACAACUCAACGUCCUUACAGAUGUUCGGGGGUGAAGUGAAAAUAGUAGACCACUCUGGAGGCACUACUACACUACGUAUAGAACCUAGUAAAAAUCAACUAUCUCCGAUAUUGAUUCAGCAAAACUUGUCACCGUCUAAAUUAGCUAAUGAUUUAGAAGCCAGUAGUAUUGUUGUUCGGUCUGGCUUGCACUCCGGUGGCACAAUGGUACAUAAUCCUCCGACGCCCAAAGAAAUUCUUGUGACGCCGCAGCCACAAACACCUAGAAUUUCAAUAUCCAACACGCCUGGAAUUUCCAGUUCCAAUCUGCCUAAUUUACAUGAUAUAACGCAUUUUCAAUUUCCUCCAUUGAGUGCUAUUACGGCAUUUAAUCCAUUAACUUUACCUCCAUUGAGCCCAUCGGCCUCACCAAACGGUGCCACUCCCACAACCAUUCUGCACGGCGGAAAGUUAAUUCCUCAUGUUCCUGGGAUGCCUGGACCAAAUACUCCUGGUGUGUACGUUGGCAAUUUAUCUGCAAAACACAAAAACUUUAUAGUGAGUAAAGAAACUAUUAAGGCCAAUACAAUGUUAUCUCGUGAUGAUGGAAAUAAUAUGACAACUACGAUUGAGGUACAGUCACCAACUCCUGGUUUGUUUGUGGGCAAUUUGUCUGCUAAACACAAAAACUUUAUAGUGAGUAAAGAAACUGCUAAGGGUAAUCCAAUGUUAUCUCGUGAUGAUGGACACAAUAUGACAACUACGAUUGAGGUGCAUUCACCAAAAGCAAUGACAUGCUCUAAUUAUGAGCCACUUUUGAAGUCAAGGAGUCCAAAUUUAAGAACAGUUAAUAUGGAAUGUGACAAACUGCAAAAACAAGACAAGUAUUCUGGAGAAAUGCCACAAUAUAUUUCUGCAGUUCCGAUAAUAAAAGUAAAAAAUGUCGAUGAACCUGAAGCACUGUGUAAAACAUUUUCGCCAAGCCUUAUAAAACCAGUAAUUUCCAAGCAAGAUGGAAGUUUGAAGAGAAGUUCAGAUGGGUCGCCAAGAACCCCUGUUUUAAAAGAAAAUAUGAAUUAUACAUCCAACAAAAUCAAGGUUAGAGAAAGGUUAAAUUCUAACACUUUAAAUUUAAACAAAGUUAAUCAUGUUACUAUCAAAUCCGAGACGGAGAUACGAAACUUUAAUUUUGAGAACCUAAUAACAAAAGUGGAAAUCUAUAACAAUCAAAUUCCAAGUUCAUCUGAAGUCCCAAAAAAUAUGAACAUUCAAGAUAACGUUUUUUCUGUAUCGAAUGAACGUUCAGAAACAUUAUAUUUUCAAAAGAAUGUCACAGCAAAAUCAACUGCAGAGGAUAGGAAGCCAAAAUUCCUGCGACCAACCACGUUGCCUUUAAAACCUGGAACUUUUACUCCAAAAAGGCAUCAUGGAAUUACACCUAAUGCUAACACUAUGUCAUUAGUUUCGCCAGAAACGCCAAGACCAGCUAAAGCUUAUGGACAGCUUUAUCUGAACGGGAACGCAUAUACUUAUCUCGGACUGAAAUGUUCAACAAAAGUAUUUUAUUGCACUAUCAACCGUCCUCAGCCAACUUAUGUCCCUAACCAGCAUUUUCUGUCUAUGUACAGCAACUGGCAGUUAUUAUCAGAGCUGACGCCAGAUCCGCUGGGACUAUCGGCUUCAUCUGCCAUGUCGCUCUAUGAUUCUCGGCACCGACCUCAGAGUGUGGCUCUAGCUGUGAUGAAGCAAGAUCUCAUAUUGACUCACUCGUCGCAGUGGAACACAAACUCUAAGGAUAAUAAACAGGCAAUAGUAUCAAUUGAUACUAAAAAGUCAGAAGAAGAUAAACUAAUGAACUGUGAAAAUAACACAACAGCGAAAAGGGAGUUGACUGGUGGUUUUGAAAGUAACGAAGAAUACACAUACGUGCGAGGUCGAGGUAGAGGGCGGUACGUUUGUUCAGAAUGUGGAAUACGUUGCAAGAAACCGUCAAUGUUAAAGAAACAUAUUCGCACUCAUACCGACGUGCGCCCGUAUACUUGUGUGCACUGUGCCUUCAGUUUUAAAACAAAAGGAAAUCUGACCAAACACAUGAAGAGUAAAGCACAUUAUAAGAAGUGCUGCGAGUUAGGAAUCAAUCCCAACGAGGGCACGGAGGAAGGUGGAGAGAUGACUCAAUGCUCAGGCGAAACAGACGACGAAACUGAAUCGGAUGGCGACGAAGGGAACGAAGGAGAAACAGAAUCUAGUGACACUGAAGUUUGCAAAUCGCGACUGCCUGAACAUGAAGCGGCCCAUUGUUUACUGUCGCUUGGUGGAUCUAGACCUACUUCUUCUGCGGCACCGGGCCUAAUCACAAGUGCAAGACCUUCUACAUAUCCCUACACACCAAUAGGACUAGACACCUCGACUAUAGAAUAUAUACCUGAAAAACUUGUCUCGAGAAGCACUUCAGUCGAUUCAAAAGACGCUGAUAACGAACCGAUGGACUUGAGUAAAAGUGACAUGAAAUUGACACCAAACAUUCCCGAAAUACCAACAGCACGGGAGUCCAGCGUUUUGGCAUCUCUAGCGUCCAACACGGCCAAACUUCCACAACACCCAAGCCAAUGGUCUAACGGUGAGCCAAUGUUGCACACUUAUCUGACUGAAAGAGCGCUUCCUGAUUCUAAAAUAAAACAAAGUCAACUGGCUUGCAGUUUAACUAAAACCAGAAAGAUUGAUAUGGAUAAACCUGUACUUAUUGAUAGUAAUAGUGUCAUUGAACACGAAACUAAAGUUGUGUCUUCUAAAAGCACAACUACUAGUUGUGUCACUUCGCCUGGCAUAACAUUUGUUGCAAAAGUAACAGCAGUUGAAAAUAAACCAGACGAUACAGUAAACAAAAUUGUCGAAACUAAAGAGGAAACCCCGAGCAGUGGAAAUGAUUGUCCCCCAACACCACCAAUAAAUAUUGAUAAUAACAAAAGACCGAACACAACCAACACUAACGCUGAAAAUGCAAAACAUGUGGUCUCAGAAUAUUUAAAACAAGCCAGGAUAAAUCUUAUUAAGUCUCAGGAUGAAGUUUUGAACAACCAAGGCGAUUCAAGCGACGAAAGUAAUAAUAUGAAAAUGAACGUUGACGACAAUGCCCAGAGUGAUGAUUUAAACGUUUCUGAAGGAGACUCAAUAAAAUUACCAUCUUUAGAUCACGACCCUAUUGCAAGAAAAGUCGUAAUCGGAGUCGGUGGUGUAGCGUUCAAAGUCACCAAGGGAAAAGAAUUUGAAGGUUCAUCUUUCCCUCCCGGCAGACUCAUGGAAGACGGGCGAAGAGUUUGCGAUUUUUGCAAUAAGACAUUUACAAAACCAUCACAAUUGAGAUUGCAUCUCAACAUCCAUUACAUGGAGAGGCCGUUCCGAUGCAGCGUAUGCGCAGUCAGCUUCCGCACGAGGGGCCAUCUUCAGAAACACGAACGUUCCGGAUCUCAUCAUAAUAAAGUAUCUAUGACGUCAACGUUCGGUGCCGCGACGUCUUUCAAUCCUCGGCCGUUCCGCUGCUCGGAUUGCAACAUCGCUUUCAGAAUACACGGGCACCUAGCGAAGCACUUGAGAAGCAAGAUGCACGUGAUGCGACUCGAAUGUUUGUUCAAACUGCCGUUCGGGACGUUCACGGAGAUCGAGCGCGCGGGCGUGAGCCUGACGGACAUCGACACGACGGACUGCGCCAGCUCGCUGGCCAGCUUGCAGGCGCUGGCGCGCAAGCUGCACGAGAAGGACCCGUCCAAGCUGGAGUACCGCGAGCCGCCGGGCGCCGGCGCCGCCUCGGGCCGGGACUCCUCCGAGGACGACGACGCUCUGCUGUGCGAAAAGACAUGUGAAAGUGAAAAGGACAGUGAGAUGAAGACGGUUGAAAACAGUGAAAACCAUGAUAAAGAAACACGAGUUAACUAUAGUGCCACAGAUAAUUAGUGCCAAAAUAUAUUAAGUAGGAUAUUUAAUGUGCAAUUUUGUUUUUGUUGUUUAUUUAAGAUGUAAUUAUUCAUAUUGGGGUUAGACUCGGAAGCGUGAAACAAAAUGAUGCGCUUUAAUUAUACACAUUGUAUUUUGUUUCAAUAUAAUUGUGAAUUUUCAUGUAAAUAUCUCAAAUUGAAAUAGUUUUAAUGUUGUUAAAUUUGCUUCCAGUAUAAGGCUUAUGUAUAUUUGUUAUUAUUAGUAACUCUUUAUAGGUAGAUAGUGGUAAUAUAAAGAUUUCGAAACCUUGAACUCUAAAUAGGUAAGAAGUUAUUUACAAGCUUCGAUUCAAAAAUAUUAGAAAACAAAUCUUACAGUAACCUUUUGUGGUCCAGUUUGGAGAAAUAUAUGCUUGAAAUAUCAAUGAAACAUAUUAUGAAAUCUUAAAAUAUAAAUCAAG